AUGGUUGCUUCUGGUGAGAAGAAGGGCAAGGUCAUCCUUGCCUACUCUGGUGGUCUUGACACCUCAUGUAUUCUUCUUUGGCUUAUUGAGCAAGGUUACGAGGUCGUUGCUUACAUGGCCGAUGUUGGUCAAGAGGAGGACUUUGAGGCUGCCCGAGCAAAGGCCAUUAAGUGCGGUGCCGUUGGUUUCCACCUCGCUGACUUGAAACGAGAAUUCGUAGAGGAGCUCAUCUACCCCGCUGUCCAAUGUAACGCCAUUUACGAAAAUGUAUACCUUCUUGGUACUUCCCUUGCUCGACCAGUCAUCGCUCGUGGAAUGAUCGAAGCUGCUGUCAAAGAAAACUGUGACUUCGUCUCUCACGGUUGUACCGGUAAAGGAAACGAUCAAGUCCGAUUUGAGCUUGCUUUCUACGGUCUUGCCCCCAACAUCAAGGUCAUUGCUCCUUGGCGAUUACCUGAGUUCUACGAUCGAUUCGCUGGUCGAACUGCUCUUCUCGAUUACGCCGCCAAGAACGGUAUCCCCGUCACUCAAACCGCUGCUAAGCCUUGGUCCACUGACGAGAACCUUUUCCACAUCUCUUACGAAGCCGGUAUCCUCGAAGACCCCAACCAAACUCCCCCCGAUGACAUGUGGAAACUCACUACUUCCCCUCAAAAGGCUCCUGAAUCACCUGAGACAGUACACAUCGAAUUCUUGAAGGGUCUCCCCGUCAAAGUCACCUCCCCCGACACUGGCAAAGAAGUCACCGAUGCCGUAGAUAUUUUCCUUACCCUUAACGCUCUUGCUCGAAAGCACGGUGUCGGACGAAUCGAUAUCGUAGAGAACCGAUUCAUCGGUGUCAAAUCUCGAGGAUGUUACGAAUCUCCUGCUGCUACUAUCCUCCGAGUCGCACACAUGGAUCUUGAAGGUUUAACAUUGGACCGAAAUGUUCGAGCUCUCCGAGAUCAAUUCAUCACCACUCAACUUUCCCAAAUCCUUUACAACGGUUUCUUCUUCUCACCUGAACGAGAAUUCGUCACUGCCGCUAUCCCCGCUUCUCAAAAGACCGUCAAUGGUCUCGUCCGAUUGAAGUUGUACAAGGGCAACGUCAUUGUUGAAGGACGAGAUGCCGAUGAAGGUUUAUACGAUGCCAAAUUCUCUUCCAUGGACGAGAUGGGUGGUUUCGAACCUACCGCUACUUCUGGUUUCAUCGAGAUCUCAAGUAUCCGAAUCAAAGCUUGGGGUCGACAAAACCUCAAACGAGGACAAGGUGGUGUCUCUCCUCAAGAUGUCUACCACCGAGAUGAGUAA